AUGGCGACCAGCACCGCGCGGCGCGCCUUCACGACAAGAUCAAGUUGCCGCGCACAGCUGCCGCACCCACCGCCACCCAAUACAAUGCCUCCCGUAUCCCAACAACAGGCCGAACGAGCCCUCCUCUCCAAACUCUCGACGCUGACACCCGGCCAACUCUCCACCCUCCUGUCCGCCCCGCCAGGCACCCUCCCGAGCGCUCCCUCACCACAGCCCGGCGGCGUCCCGCCUCCGCAGAGCCGCCUGCGCCGCUGGACGCUGCGCCUCGCCAUUGCCUUGCUCUCGCUCUACGUGGGCUACUCUGCCGGCGACGAGCUGUGCCACGUCGACCCGUGGAUCAGCACCCUGGCCCGCAUGAAGCUCUCUCACGACGACCAGGACGCGGAGGACAACCUGGCCCACGCCGGCGCGCUCCCCAUGGUGGCACGGACGCAGAACGCCAUGUUUUACCAGGCGGGCUACCCGCUCUCGCACCAGCUCCUCGACCAGUCCGACCGCGAGGCCCUCUACGCCAUGGCGGAAGAGACGGGCGUCGUCCGGACGUACCCCGCCGACGACCCCUCCGACACGACGCCGCUCUGCUGGCCCGCCCACGCCGAGCUGCCGCCGCACCUGCGGCCCGCGCACCUCGUGACGGGGCCCCUCAGCCGCGACGAGGCCCUCGGCCAAAUCCACCAGGUCUACCGCGACCCGCUCACCGGCCAGCUCUCCCUGCUGCUCACCUUUGGCGCCGACACCCAGGGCUUCCCCGGCGCCGUCCACGGCGGCGCCAUCGCCACCCCCUACGUCCUCGUCGUCGUCCGCAUGGACCCCAUGGACGACGCCGCCGCCGCCCGCCAUGAGGCCAAGCUCCGCCGCGCCAGGACGGUCAAGCCGUGGGAGCAGGCCGACGGCCGGGCGCACGUCGAGCCCCCGCGCGAUGCCGCGGGCGUGGCGGCCGCUGCACUGGCGACCUCGCCAGCGACUGCCGGCGGCGGCGACGGCGGCGGCGACGUCAUGUCGCCCGACGCCGCACGGCAAGACAAGACGCGCAAGGUGUGGGUCGUGGCACGCAUGGAGACGGCAACUACGGGCGCGUUGAUCUGCGAGGCCACGGGACUCUUUGUCGUCCCUAAAGGUGUGGACCUCAAGCCGGCGGACUGGCUAUGGUGA